CAGUUUUGAAGCGACCUCAGCAGAAGGCAGUGCUGGCGAGAUCAUUUCUUGCGAGGCAUCGCGCACGAGCAUAUCAUCGGCGAGCUCUUACUCGUGAUCGCGAGUUGUGGCGAAAAAUCAGUCGCAUUGCCUUACGACGCUGUAAUUCGCUGCUUAUCUCGGUGCUCCGGUCCCGCGUAGGCUUCACGUACGUCUGAGAGGGACCUCUCGUUCUCUCUCUCUCCCUCUCUGUCGACCAGAGAACAGCGAGAAAUCCGCCCCCGGUGCCACAGAGACGAAGUGCCGAUUCGGCCCCCAGCACACCAGCCAUGGCUGCGAUGUCUGUGAUCGGAAUCGACUUCGGGAACGACAACUGCUAUGUGGCCGUAGCACGCGCGGGUGGCAUUGAAACUGUAACGAACGAUUAUAGCCUCCGCAACACACCGUCAUGCGUUGCGUUUGGUAGAAAGAGCCGGAUUCUUGGUGUAGCGGCCAAGAACCAGAUGGUGACGAAUAUGAAAAACACCAUUUACAAUUUCAAAAGGCUACUAGGUAGGAAAUAUAAUGAUCCACAAGUUCAAUGUGAGCGGCAGACUCUACCUUUUAAAAUGACUCAACAAACUGAUGGGAGCAUCGGCAUACAUGUACAAUACCAGGGGGAGGAACACGUUUUCUCGCCGGAGCAAAUUACCGCUAUGCUCUUCACGAAGCUGAAAGAUAUUUCCGAGACAGCGCUGCAAACUGCUGUUAACGAUUGCGUUAUAUCAAUUCCUUCAUACUUCACUCAGUCUGAGCGUCAGGCUCUACUCGAUGCCGCUAGGAUUGCAGGCCUUAAUGUUCUAAGAUUAUUCAACGAGACCACCGCUACUGCUCUUUGUUAUGGUAUUUAUAAGCAGGAUUUGCCGGCGCCAGACGCGCCCCCAAGGAACGUCGUUUUCGUGGAUUGUGGCCAGGCCGGCCUGCAAGUGAGCAUUUGUGCCUUUCAUAAAGGCAAACUUAAGAUGCUGUCAAGCGCCGCUGACAGUCAAUUGGGUGGUAGAAACAUCGACAGUAUUUUGGCGGAACACUUCUGCCAGGUGUUUAAAAAGCGAUACAAUCUCGACGUGCACACCAAUCCCCGGGCGUACUUAAGACUACUCGCGGAGGUGGAGAAACUGAAGAAACAGAUGUCGGUUAAUUCGACCACCCUGCCGCUGAAUAUCGAGUGCUUUAUGGAUGAGAAGGAUGUGCACGCUGAGAUCAAGCGCACCGAGAUGGAGGAUCUAUGCAGUCAUCUGAUUAAGCGCAUCGAGGCGACUUUUGUUCAAUGCCUGGUCGAUUCGAAACUGAAGCUCGAGGAGAUUCACGCGGUCGAGCUGGCAGGAGGGUCGAGCCGCGUCCCUGCUAUCAAACGUUUGGUAGAGGAAAUUUUCGGCCGGCCGGUGUCGACUACCUUGAACCAGGACGAAUCGGUCGCUCGCGGUUGCGCGUUGCAGUGCGCUAUGCUCAGUCCUGCCGUGCGUGUCCGUGAAUUUUCGGUUACGGAUAUACAGCCGUACCCUUUGAAACUGACGUGGGACGCUACUCAAGGCGAAGAAGGAGAAAUGGAAGUAUUUGGGCACAAUCAUGCUGUACCGUUCUCGAAGAUGCUGACAUUCUAUCGCACGAGCCCGUUUGUGCUCACUGCCAGUUACAGUUUGCCGCCUCCUUAUUAUCCUCAGACGCGCAUCGGAACGUUUACGAUAAAGAAUAUAAGAGCUACGCCGGAGGGCGAGUCGGCGAAGGUCAAAGUGAAAGUAAGGGUGAAUCUGAACGGCAUUUUGACCAUCUCGUCGGCGUCGCUCAUCGAGAAACGUGAGCCGACCCAGCAGGAAAAGGAGGAAGAGGAUGCCCAACAGCAGCAGCAGCAGCUGAACAACAUGGACGUUGAUCAGCAGCAGGAGAAGAAGGACAAAUCCGAUCAAGACGCGCAGGCGAACGAACCACCAGCAACGGAGGUGAGCAUGGAUAAGACACGACGGAACUCAGAUGCUGAUGACGGUGGAAGAGGCGCUAGGGGUUCCGCCCCUUCCUACUCCUCCAGGAUUCUCUCUUGGUUCAGCUCGGGUGACGAUAAGGGUGACGAGAAAGGCAAGAAAAAGGUUUCCGUUCGUACGGUCGAUUUACCCAUCGAGGCUAACAUUUGCGGACUUUCUCUGCGAGAUCUCGAUUCCGCGAUGGAAAAGGAGGGCAAAAUGACCGCCGAAGACAGGCAGGAAAAAGAGCGGGUUGACGCGCGCAAUGCACUGGAGGAAUACGUUUACGACCUACGUUCUAAAUUGUCCGAGGAAGAUCAAUUGGCAACAUUUAUCACGGAAGCGGAUAAGGAGUCUCUUAGCUGUACAUUAGAUGUUACUGAAAUUUGGCUCUAUGACGAAGGAGAGGAUUGUCAGCGACAAGUCUACUCAGAACGAUUGACGCGCUUGAAGUCUCUAGGUGAACCGAUAAAGGAAAGGAAAUCCGAGUUCGAAGGACGAUCUCAAGCACUGGAGGAACUGGGAGGGGCAUUACAGCUGGCUAAGAAAAGCCUGGAUCAGAUCAAAGCGGCGAAUCCGAAAGACGAUAAGUAUUCUCAUCUGACGGAGGAAGAGGUGAAGAAAAUUGAGAAAGCGGUGCAAGAGAAGUGGACGUGGUUGGAAGACAAGCGUAUGGUACUUGCGAGUAUAUCACGCACGCAACAACCACCGAUCACCGUGGCACAGAUUCGCGCCGAGAAACAGGCAUUGGACAACGUGGUAAUACCUAUCCUCAACAAGCCUAAACCUAAAGCAGAACCGCCGAAAGAAGAGAAACCAAAAGACAAAGAUGCCGACGAACAGAAGAUGAAUAAUCAAAAUAGAGAAGCUAACGCUCACAAUCACACCAAUCAACAGACAGAGCAAGAGGAAAAGAUGGACGUUGAGUAACGUCACCAUAAUUUAUGUGGUUUUAAUAUUAUUAAAUCUAUCAUAAUUCGAAGAGAAAUAGUGAAUAAUUCAUUUGGAAAACUGUGUUUAUCGUGUCACAAAAGCGCCUGACAUGUCAUAUUCGGAAUUUUUGCACACAUGGUUGUCACACAAUCCGUCUCUUUCUCUUUUUUUUUUUCUACGUAACGCUUAUUUCAUGAAGUGUAUGUACCACGUAUGCGCAAGUGUAUUGAAAGCUAAAAUAUCUACGAAGGAAUGUGCGUCACAAAAUCUAUUUUCGUUUGAAUGCAGCUUUUCUCUGACACUCGUGAUAGUAUAUAAUUACCAUUUUGGACACAAGCAUAGCAGCGCCUUGAAAGCCCAAAUAAUGAAGCUUUCUUAUUUUUAAGAGUCUCUUGGUUUUCUCUAAGUUUUCAGUACGCUUCUAAGUAACUGUAUCAUUCUGAAUGGAUAUUAGAAAAAGAUCCUUGAAACUA